UAGAAAACCAAAAAUAAUUCAUGGGAGAGAAACCAACCGAAAUUUAGUUUCUCAAAAUCAAAUUCCUGUAAUUUAGAGCAGCUGAUUGCUUCUGUUUAUUCUGUUGCUUAACCAUUAAAAUAUUAUCUUUGAUUUGUAACGUCUCGUUCCGUGUAUACAAGCAAAGAUUAUUACACCAAAAGAAUCAUCUAUUGAUCGCCGGUACCUUUCCGGCGAUCAAAUUUCAUGCCUGUCGAGAACAUCUAGCUGCACAGAAGUAUAUAAGUUAAUUACGUUAGAUGGGACAGGGACGCGGGAAUGGAACGAGAAAGAAUAUAAAACAUGGUUUUCAUCCUGAAACUAAAGAAAACUUCAAGACAAAUAGGCAGCAAGAAUUAUUAAAUUCACAGGUUGUUGUUAUUAAUGGAAAGCAUUCCAAGAAAUCACCAUCAAGACCGGAUUCCCAUGUUGAUCAAGAAGGGGAUGUUAUCUUCAAAUCUCUAAAUUUACCUAGAUCAUCAUUGUCCAUAAACUUACCUUCAUACUCUCAUUUAUCUUUGUCUAUAAGGUUACCUCCUGUCUCACAUUCGUCUUUGUCCUUGGAAAUACCUUCUGCUCAUUCUGAUUCUGAUUCUGAUUCUGUAUUCCCAUCUUCGUCUUCGUCUUCAUCAAAUACACCACCACCAAUUAAAGACGAUGUAAAUUGUGUUUUGCAUGGCAAGAAAGAUUUAAAGAAGGUAUCUCAAGACCAGAUAUUAACGUCCCCAGUUCUUGAUUUUGUGCAAGAAUCCUACCCCUUGGACCUAAAUUCAAUAGCUAAUUAUUCCCCUCCGACUCAUCAAGUUAUGGAUCGAUCAGGAGGAGGAGGAGGGCAUGAUCCUUCUAGGAUUCCAUUGACUAUAUUUGAGAGGAUACCUAGUUCACCAGUUGAUUGGAGUGCUGCUUCUAAUGACUCAUUGUUUAGCCUUCAGUUAGGAAGAAACAACAGUAAUAGUUUCUCUAGAGAUGGAAUUUCGUCAGUGGAUGAGUUGAGCAAGUCUGGAGAUGUAGAAGUUGCAUCUGCUCCACCUCCUCCCAUUUCUAUGUCAGAGAUAUAUAAUUGGUCUCCCGUCCCUUCAGAGGAAAAUAGCCAGUUCUCCAUCGAUAUAGACAGGGUGGAGGCAUUUGGAGUGGCUGAUGAUGUAGAAAAAGUUGCAACUCGAAAAGUUUCAGCAAGAGAAGCCGAUGAAGAUAUGAAAAAGGAACAGAAGAUGGAUUCAGAUGCAUCAUCAAAAUCUACUGCCAAUUACAGAACUUCACAUCGGAAUGGAGACAGCUCUCGAUCUUUUGCGUUUCCAAUUUUGGCAGAUGGGGAAAGAACCAAUGGACCACAAACAAAUGCUGAGAAGCAGCAUAUGCUGCAACUACUAAAUGAACAGCAUGCCAAAGCAAGUGUAAAAUCACCACAAGCUCCCAAAGCAAGUACAAAAUCAGCAUCAAGUAGCUGGUAUUGUUGCUGUUCACUUAGCUUGGGCGGUUGUUUCUGGUGUUGCCCCUGUCGUUGUUCCUCGUGUUGCCCAUCUAAAUGCUGCUACCCAUCAAAUUGUAUUUCAUGUAGCUCUUCUUCUUGUCACAAAUGCAGCAGCAGCAGCUGGCCUUCAUGUCACCUAUGCAGUUGUUGCUCUUGUAACGCAUGUAGUCGUUUAUCGUGUCAUCCAUGGAGUUGCUCUUGUUUCCGUUGAUAUUCCUUUUCAUCUUCGUCGUUGUUGGCUACACUAAUCUAAUCCUGCUUGGUUCUACAAAUUCCUGCCCAACUUGUCCCUCAAGCUUCUUAUAACUAUGUCAAAAUUGGGACAGUAACACAGAAUCGACAGCGAUUUUGAGCACUUGAAGACCUGAUGUAAUGCAGGGCGUAAUUUGUUCUUUGAUCCUUGCAAGCUAUAUCAAUCAAAAAAGAAAAUUAUUUUCUCUCUCAGCAGUGAUGUAGUUGUGUAGACUAUUCUUUUUCAAGCACAGUCCAAAUUACUUUUCGUUUC